AUCUGGAAAAUGGCAGGGAAACGUUCUGCCGGCUGGGACGCAGGCUCUGCCAACUCUGGCAUGCCAAAGCUCUGGGCACAGGGCGAGCCCCACCAGCGUGGGCGCCCAGAGCUAUUUCUGACAAGACCCCUUUGCGCCUGCCCAGGGAAGAGCCAAGUGGCCCCAGGCGAUACCGCCCCGCCCGGCUGCCACACCUUCCCCUCCAGAGCAGCCAGCCCCAACACAGAGGCCAAAGGGUUCGUCAGAGCCACAUGGUGGAAACUCUAGCAGAGGGUUUUUGAAAGCAGGUUGCACUUCAUUCUUGCUGAGCGAGUGCACGCGUGUGUGUGUGUGUGUGUGUGUGUGUGCAGCGCCCCUGGGUCUGUGUUUUUAUUGCACUUUCCUGCUGGCUUCCAGCUGCACCGCCAGUUCCGGGGAGGGCCCUGGGCCAGCGGCUGUCCGCACCCCCUCCUUCAUAAAGUCCUGGCCUCGGGACAGCCUGCACAACUGUCCAGCCUGUGGAGGCGGGACAGCCCUGUCCCACUCACUCUUUCCCCUGCCGCUCCUGCCGGCAGCUCGAACCAUGGGAGGCCGCGUCUUUCUCGCAUUCUGUAUCUGGCUGACUCUGCCGGGAGCUGAAACCCAGAACUCCAGGGGCUGUGCCCGGUGGUGCCCUCAGAACUCCUCGUGUGUCAAUGCCACCGCCUGUCGCUGCAAUCCAGGGUUCAGCUCUUUUUCUGAGAUCAUCACCACCCCCACGGAGACCUGUGACGACAUCAAUGAGUGUGCAUCACCACCGAAAGUGUCAUGCGGAAAAUUCGCAGACUGCAGGAACUCAGAGGGGAGCUACCACUGCAUGUGCAGCCCGGGAUAUGAGCUUGCUUCUGGGGCAAAAACAUUCAAGAAUGACAGUGAGAACACGUGUCAAGAUGUGGACGAAUGUCAGCAGAACCCAAGGUUCUGUAAAAGCUACGGCACCUGCGUCAACACUCUCGGCAGCUACACCUGCCAGUGCCUGCCUGGCUUCAAGAUCAAAGCUGAGGACCCGAAGCUCUGCACAGAUGUGAAUGAAUGCACCUCCGGACAAAACCCGUGCCACAGCUCCACCCACUGCCUCAACAACGUGGGCAGCUAUCAGUGCCGCUGCCGCCCAGGCUGGCAACCGAUUCCGGGGUCUCCCAAUGGCCCAAACAAUACCGUCUGUGAAGAUGUGGACGAGUGCAGCUCUGGGCAGCAUCAGUGUGACAACUCCACCGUCUGCUUCAACACCUUGGGUUCAUACAGCUGCCGCUGCCACCCAGGCUGGAAGCCCAAACACGGAAUCCCGAAUAACCAAAAGGACACUGUCUGUGAAGAGAUGACUUUCCCCACCUGGACCCCGCCCCCUGGAGUCCACAGCCAGACGCUUUCCCGAUUCUUUGACAAAGUCCAGGACCUGGGCAGAGACUCCAAGACAAGCUCAGCCAAGGUCACCAUCCAGAACGUCAUCAAAUUGGUGGACGAACUGAUGGAAGCUCCUGGAGACAUAGAGGCCCUGGCACCACCUGUCCGGCACCUCGUAGCCACCCAGCUGCUCUCAAUCCUUGAAGAUGUCAUGAGGAUCCUGGCCAAGAACCUGCCUGAAGGCCCCUUCACCUACGUUUCCCCUUCGAACACAGAGCUGACCCUGAUGAUCCAGGAGCCGGGGGACAAGAACGUCACUAUGGGUCAGAGCAACGCACGCAUGAAGCUGAAUUGGGCUGUGGCAGCUGGAGCCGAGGAGCCAGGCCUCGCCGUGGCGGGCAUCCUCUCCAUCCGGAACAUGACGACAUUGCUGGCCAAUGCCUCCUUGAACCUGCAUUCCAAGAAGCAAGCUGAACUGGAGGAGAUAUAUGAAAGCAACAUCCGCGGUGUCCGACUCAGACGCCUCUCGGCCGUCAACUCCGUCUUUCUGAGCCACAACAACACCAAGGAACUCAACUCCCCCAUCCUUUUCGCCUUCUCCCACCUUGAGUCCUCCAGUGGGGAGGUGGGAAGAGACCCUCCUGCCAAGGAUGUGACGCCUGGGCCACGGCAGGAGCUGCUCUGUGCCUUCUGGAAGAGUGACAGCAACAGGGGAGGGCACUGGGCCACCGAGGGCUGCCAGGUGCUGGGCAGCAAGAACGGCAGCACCACCUGCCAAUGCAGCCACCUGAGCAGCUUUGCGAUCCUUAUGGCUCAUUAUGAUGUGGAGGACUGGAAGCUGACCCUGAUCACCAGGGUGGGACUGGCGCUGUCACUCUUCUGCCUGCUGCUGUGCAUCCUCACUUUCCUGCUGGUGCGGUCCAUCCAGGGCUCGCGCACCACCAUACACCUGCACCUCUGCAUCUGCCUCUUCGUGGGCUCCACCAUCUUCCUGGCCGGCAUCGAGAACGAAGGCGGCCAGGUGGGGCUGCGCUGCCGCCUGGUGGCCGGGCUGCUGCACUACUGUUUCCUGGCCUCCUUCUGCUGGAUGAGCCUGGAAGGCCUGGAGCUCUACUUUCUUGUGGUGCGCGUGUUCCAAGGCCAGGGCCUGAGUACGCGCUGGCUCUGCUUGAUCGGUUAUGGCGUGCCCCUGCUCAUCGUGGGCGUCUCGGCUGCCGUCUACAGCAAGGGCUACGGCCGCCCCAGAUACUGCUGGUUGGACUUUGAGCAGGGCUUCCUCUGGAGCUUCCUGGGACCUGUGACCUUCAUCAUUUUGUGCAAUGCUGUCAUUUUUGUGACUACCGUCUGGAAGCUCACUCAGAAGUUUUCUGAAAUCAAUCCAGAUAUGAAGAAAUUAAAGAAGGCGAGGGCGCUGAUCAUCACGGCCAUCGCGCAGCUCUUCCUGUUGGGCUGCACCUGGGUCUUUGGCCUGUUCAUCUUCGACGAUCGGAGCUUGGUGCUGACCUAUGUGUUUACCAUCCUCAACUGCCUGCAGGGCGCCUUCCUCUACCUGCUGCACUGCCUGCUCAACAAGAAGGUUCGGGAAGAAUACCGGAAGUGGGCCUGCCUAGUUGCCGGGGGGAGCAAGUACUCAGAAUUCACCUCCACCACGUCUGGCACUGGCCACAAUCAGACCCGGGCCCUCAGGGCGUCAGAGUCCGGCAUAUGAAGGCGCAUGGUUCUGGACGGUCCAGCAGCUCCUGUGGCCACAGCAGCUUUGUACACGAAGACCAUCCAUCCUCCCUUCGUCCACCGCUCUGCUCCCUCCACUCUCCCUCCCUGAGCCCCACGUGUGCCACCAGGAGGGAGUGGCAGCUAUAGUCUGGCACCAAAGUCCACCCAGUGGGGUAGAGUCGGAGCCACUGGUCCUGCUGCUGGCUGCCUCUCUGCUCCACCUUGUGACCCAGGGUGGGGACAGGGGCUGGCCUAGGGCUACAGCGUGUUGCCCUGGCACCUGUGGCCAGUACUCGGGACAGACUGAGGGCUCUUGUCCCGUCCUGGACUUUUCCUUUCAUGUCUUUGCUGCCGAACUGAAGAGACUAGGCGCUGGGGCUCAGCUUCCCUCUUAAGCUAAGACUGAUGUCAGAGGCCCCAUGGCGAGGCCCCUUGGGGCCACUGCCUGAGGCUCACGGUACACAGGCCUGCCCUGCCUGGCUGGGCAGGAGGUUCUCACUGUUGUGAAGGUUGUGGACGUUGUGUAAUGUGUUUUUAUCUGUUCAAACUUUUCAGUGUUGACACAAAAUUAAACACAUGAAUACAGAA